AUGUAUUCCAGACACGAUAUAGGCCAUAACACGCCCAGCAAAGUUGGGGGCGGGGUCAUAUUUCGUAGAGGCAGAUCGGAGGUCAGAGAAGACCACCUUAGGGAAAUAUCGGCAGCCUUCAGCCUUCUCGACUCGGCCAAUACUGGGAAAAUCGACUACCACGAGCUGAAGGUUGCUAUGCGUGCUCUGGGCUUCGAUGUUAAGAAGCAGGAAGUACUGCAGCUCAUGGCGAAAUAUGACACCAUGGAAACCGGAUACAUUGAUUUCGAAGCUUUUAAAGAAAUAAUGGUCAAGAAAAUAUCGGAAAGGGACCCUAUGGAAGAGAUUAAUCGUGCAUUCGAACUCUUUGACGAGGACAACAAAGGCAAAAUAUCGUUUAAGGACCUCAAACGUGUAUCAAAGGAGCUUGGUCACAACCUUUCCGAUGAGGAGCUUAGGGCCAUGAUCGACGAGUUCGACAACGACAGGGACGGGGCCAUCUCAAAGGAUGAUUUCAUCGGUAUUAUGCGUCAAACCACUAUCUACUAG